AUGGCUACCACAGAAGCUUCCUUCUCGCCAAGCACCUCGCUGCCCACGAGGACCGCAGAAAGGGCCACCGUCCAUCCUUUGGCUCCAAUCAGUGCAGAUGAAAUCCAGCGUGCCGUAGCUCUGAUCAAGGCGCAAUGGCCAGCGGAGACAGACAUUCACUUCAAAGCCCUUACUCUUGAGGAGCCUCCAAAAGCCGAGACCGUCCCGUACCUCGAGGCGGCUUUCCACGGCCAUGAUUUGCCACACAUCCAGCGGAGAGUGUUUGCUGCCUACUACUUGCGUAACACUCAUAAACUGCACGAGGCUGUUGUCAACCUCGAUACUGAAAGUCUUGAAUACAACAUUCGUCUAGGUGCCAACGUACAUGCUCCAAUCGAUGGCAGCGAGAUCGUCGCAAUAGAGCGUGUUGCCCUUGAAGAUGCUGGUGUUCAGGCAGAGAUCGCAAAAUUGAAGCUACCCGAGGGCGCUGUGGUUGUCUGCGAUCCAUGGAUCUACGGCUCUGAUGGUGUUGAUGAUGAUGAAAGGAUGUGGCAAUGUUUCCUGUACCUCCGAGACACCACAAACACCGACAAUGCGGACUCGAACCACUAUGCCCUGCCACUCGCCAUUUCUCCAGUCAUUUCUCAGGAGCUCAAGGUCAUCCGCAUCGAUCGCCUCCCAACGGGCAAGGACAACUCCAUUAGCGAGACGAAGCCGUGGAUCCCCCGGGCUGGCAAUGAAUACGUGCCAGAGUACCAAAAGCUCAGAACAGAUCUCAAGCCGUUGCACGUUGUACAGCCAGAAGGCGCCAGCUUUACAGUAACCGAACAAGGAACCUCCACCAUCAUUCACUGGCAAAAGUGGUCGUUCCGUCUUGGUUUCAACCAGAGGGAGGGCAUGGUGCUGUAUGAUGUUCGCUAUGAUGGCAGAAGCCUGUUCUAUCGCCUUUCACUAUCGGAUAUGAACAUUCCCUACGCCGAUCCUCGCCAUCCUUACCACAAGAAGUCCGCGUUUGAUCUUGGAGACGUCGGUGCUGGUGUGAUGGCGAACGACCUCAAGCUGGGUUGCGAUUGUCUUGGAUCGAUUCACUACCUCUCUUCAACUCUGGCAGACGAUAAGGGCGAACCCAUGGAAAUGCCUAACGUCGUUUGCUUGCAUGAACAGGACGGGGGAAUCGGUUGGAAACACACCAAUUACCGUACAGGCAGAGCCGCUGUGGUUCGGAACCGGGAGUUCGUCGUGCAAUCCAUCAUAACCGUGGCAAACUACGAGUACAUCAUGGCAUUCAUGUUUGGACAGGCCGGCGAACUGUCGUAUGAGGUUCGUGCCACGGGAAUUCUCUCUACUCAGCCAAUCGACGAUGGAGUCGAGGUGCCAUGGGGAACGAUUGUCCACCCCGGCGUACUAGCCACUCACCACCAGCAUAUCUUUUCCCUGCGCGUGGAUCCCGCAAUCGAUGGUCAUAGCAAUCGUUUGGUCUAUGAAGAAGCCCACGCAAUGCCUCGCUCCGACUUCAACCCCCAUGGAACUGGUUACACCACCACCGAGACACUGGUAGAAACUUCAGGAGGCUACGAUGUCGACUACUCGCAGAAUCGAACAUUCAAAAUUCAGAAUGCUGCAGUCAGAAACCCCAUCAACGGGAAACCUGUGGCAUACAAGAUCCACGCCCCACCGUUCCAGAAGAUCUUGUCUGAUACUCAAUCAUUCAAUCACCAACGGGCUGAAUUCGCAGACAAGUCGAUCUAUGCCGUCAAGCAUCGGGAUGGAGAGCUCUACGCAGGUGGCAAAUACACCAAUCAGUCGCGAGGUGGCACGGGCGUACGUAGCUGGGCCGAUCGAAAGGAGAAGAUCGUGGACGAUGACAUUGUCCUGUUCGUUCAAUUCGGCAUCAAUCAUAUCCCACGCAUCGAAGACUUCCCAGUCAUGCCCUCGGAGGUCAUCAAGGUCUCGUUUAAGCCGGCGAAUUUCUUCGACAAGAAUCCAGCCAUCGACGUUCCUCCCUCUAGCCAGGCCUUCAACAAAUCGGUUCUGCUAAGCGAGCAACAUCGGCAAGCUACCGCAGAGGCUGUCAUCGACGGGAGUGGUAACGCAUGCUGUUCUAUUGAACCGGCGAGCAGUAAGCUAUAG